AUGCUCCGACACCUUCCGCUCAUAACUCGUCGGAUAGAAUUCACACCUCUUGCACGUACUCCUCUCCCUUCGAUAACCGCACGCCGGGAAUUUGCUAUCGCUCGGGAGCACAGUUCGUCACCUCCUCCUGUCGACCCUGGCUUGCCACUGUCGGACGUCUCGGACGCUAGCGACGUCUCGAUGCAAUCAGACGAUGAUAACCUUUCAGGAAACAUACUAGAGGAGGACAGCAUUGAUGAUGAAGAUGUCAAGAUUAUACCGAAACCUCCUGGAGAACCUGGCCGCCCGAAAUCCGGCGGCUACAACCUCGAACAGACCCUCUCUUGGCCAGAUGCCAUUUAUCAACAAGUUGUCAAUCACGUCCAUCGUGAAGCUCAUCAUAGACUUGAAACCAAGAAGAGCUUCAAGAACCAAAGCGUCAAACAAAUCCAGGCUAUUUGUGAUGAUGCUGUGAACGAACAUAGCAUCCUUCGAGUCUAUGAGAAUGCAUGGCCUGUCCGUGAUAUGCCGAAGCUCCGGUUGAAGUACACGUCUGAGAAAAUCGUAUCGAUUUAUGACCGUAUAUCUGCUUGA